GUUCCUGGUGUACUUCCGGUUGGAAUUAUUCACACUGGUCAGGUUUGUUAUUAGCAAAUGAAAUGUUAUUCCCACACUUUUCCUCUUCAUUUCCAGUACACUAACAGUUUCUGUAGUUUUUAAUAGAACUGGAGCAGCUCGACUAUGCUCACAGUUUCAUUUCGCUUCUCCAUUUCGCUAAAUAACCCCACCUGUCAUACCAGCUAGCUAGUUAGCCUGUAGCAGCUAACCGGAGUGAAGGAGGUGGACCGCAGGUUUAAUGUUGGCUAGUUAACGUCUUUCAUGGCAGCUCGACAGCCCUUCACGGACACCGACACCGCAGAUGAAGCAGUGAGGGCGACAUGCGACGAUGCAACCACCUGCAAAAGGUUUGCAACCAGUAAAGGCUAUUGGAAGGACCCAUAUAUCCAGUACUUUGCGAGAUCUGUAGGAGAGCGAAAGGCCCCUGAAAUCAACAGAGGUUACUAUGCCCGCGUUCAAGGCGUGAACCAUCUCCUUGACGCAUUUAUAAAGAAAGCAGAGUGUGACUGUCAAGUAAUAAACCUGGGUGCCGGACUGGACACCACAUUUUGGAGAUUAAAGGAUGAAAACCUCAUGCCACGAAAGUUCUUUGAAGUUGACUUUCCAACUGUUGUGGCCAGAAAAAUACACAAUAUAAAGACAAAGCCUCCACUGUCCAAACCUAUCAUCGAAACCCACUCAACAGACUCCUUACUGCUAGAUGCCCACAGCCUCGACUCAGAUCGUUACUGUAUCAUCGGAGCAGACCUCAGAGAUGUCUCUAAUUUGGAUGAAAAGCUGAAGAAGUUCCAGCUUAACCCAGAAUUACCUACAUUGCUGCUGUCAGAGUGCGUGCUGGUCUACAUGACACCAUCCCAGUCUUCCAAUUUAGUUCACUGGGCAGCAGAAACCUUUCACACUGCAAUGUUCAUCAACUACGAGCAGGUGAACAUGAGUGAUCGAUUCGGCCAGGUGAUGAUCGAGAACCUGCAGCGUCGCCAAUGCACCCUGGCAGGAGUAGAGGCCUGCCAGUCUCUGGACUCUCAGAAGGAACGGUUUCUGAAGACUGGCUGGGAGAAUGCAGAUGCUCUAGAUAUGAUGACGGUGUACAGUAUGCUCCCUCAGGACGAUGUAGCAAGAAUUGAGCGUCUGGAGUUCCUGGAUGAGAGGGAGCUGCUGCAACAGCUGCUUCAGCACUACAGCAUCUGCUGGGCCUCCAAGGAUAAACACAACCUGGGUCUGUCACAGUUGGCAUUUUGAGGGCGAAACUGCGCCACUGUUGGACAUGCUUUACAUGUGUGUUCGCCAAAGUCAACAACAGGAGAAGAUUUGUGAAAGGAGUUGUUGGGAAAGAGGAAGCCCUUAUUCUCCACCAAGUCCUCAUCUGGGAGCUGUUCCGGUGUGAAAAGUCCCCGCAUCAGCAGAACGUGAUUUCAUGAGCGUCCUUUGUAACCCAUACAUGCUGGAGAUAAGACGUGAUUAGGCUGAGAGCUGCGAAGAGGUUUGUCACAACACUGGCGACGAACUGUAAAAUGGAUCGAGUUUGUUUCGUUGAUUUUCUCACAGGCUGAGUUAGUCUGUGAUUAAACAAUCAGAAAAUCCGCUCACCUGUGUUGGAAAUGGAAGAAUGUAUGAUGAAUUUCAGAUGUCGUACAAUUUGUCCUCGUCUAAUAUUAUGUGCCAUUUUCAUUUUAUUUAUUGAUCCGACACGUUUUCUUAUAAAACAAACAUGCAUGCUAGUGUCAGAUUACAAGAAAUGCAUUACACGCAAUAACCGGUUAAUUUCCAUUUGCCUGUAAAAUGUUUUCUAUUUUUGAUCCUCGCAAAAAAGAACAUGACAGAUUAGUUUGUGAUAGAUUGGGUUUGAUGAGUGCUCAUCAAAUUUAGUAAAAUAAAAAACAUGUUCUUUUAUCUAAAA